GCAUGCACGCUGCCUUCUCCGCUCACAUCCAUCCACGUCUAUCCGCCGUACAUUAUCACCCCUCUCUUUUUAACAAAACCCCCCAAAAACCUACAAAACCAGCGCCUCAAAAAACCAGAAGAACAUGAAAGAAGGAGAGAUGGAGAAUGGUGGAAGAAAGAAGGGAUGGAAUUUCAGGCCCAGUGCUGAGCUGGCAGCCCCAACUCAGAUCACCAUCCGAGGGAUCCUUGGCACUCUAAUGAGCAAUCUCGACGGUGGAGAUGAGAGGCCCAGGAUUCAACUCGGGCAUGGCGAUCCCUCCAGCUUCCCUUGCUUCCGUACCUCUCCCAUCGCUGAAGAUGCUGUAAUCUCGGCCGUCCGAUCCGCUAAGUACAACUGCUACUCUCCGUCGGUCGGGCUUCUCCCAGCUAGAAGGGCUAUUGCAGAGUAUCUCUCACAUGAUCUUCCCUACGAGCUAUCGCCAGAAGAUGUUUUUGUCACGGUCGGGUGCAUACAAGCGAUCGAGGUCACAAUGGCAGUCCUGGCCCACCCCGGCGCCAACAUCUUGCUCCCCACACCAGGAUUCCCAAUCUACGAGGCACGCGCUGCUUUCGCCGGUGUUGAAGCCCGGCAUUUCGACCUCCUACCGGAUCGUAAUUGGGAGGUUGACCUUGAUGCCGUCAAAGCUCUGGCAGAUGAGAACACGGUCGCGAUGGUUAUCAUAAAUCCCGGCAACCCGUGUGGGAAUGUUUUCAGCUAUCAGCAUUUGGCCAAGAUUGCUGAGACUGCUAAGAAGCUUGGAAUUCUUGUUAUCGCGGAUGAAGUCUAUGAUCAUCUCACAUUCGGGAGUAACCCAUUUGUGCCGAUGGGAACGUUCGGAUCAGUUGUUCCAGUACUUACUCUUGGGUCGAUAUCAAAGAGGUGGGCUGUGCCCGGCUGGCGACUUGGCUGGCUAGUGGCGACUGAUCCCCAUGGUGUCCUAAAAGAGACCAAGAUCAUCAACGCCAUUUCAACCUAUCUCAAUGCCUCUGCGGAUCCUGCUACCUUUGUUCAGGGUGCAAUUCCUGAAAUCCUUGGGAAGACUGGAGACGAUUUCUUUAAGAAAACAACUAGUAUGCUGAGGCAAACGGCAGAUAUAUGUUAUGACCGAAUAAAGGAAAUCGACUGUGUUACUUGUCCAUACAAACCAGAGGGAUCAAUGUUUGUAAUGGUAAAGCUGAAUUUGUCCCAUCUGGAAGACAUUUACGAUGAUGUAGACUUCUGCUCCAAGCUGGCCAAAGAGGAGUCGGUGAUCCUUCUCCCGGGAUGCGCGGUCGGAUUGAAGAAUUGGCUCCGUAUUACUUUCGCCAUAGACGCCACCUCCCUGGAAGAUGGGCUUGGGAGAUUGAAGUCCUUUUGCCAGAGGCACAUGAAGAAACAAUUAAAGGACGAGAAAAGAAGAAUUAAGGAGAAGCAAAUUUGAACUGCUCGAUGAGGGAUGGUGAUCGGAAACUGCCCGUCGGAUCUCCUCUUUCACCCUCUUGAAUUACUGCCGUCGCAUAUAUGUGUAAAUUUCAAUAGGCUUUCCUAGUAUUCAUUGGUAUGAAAUCUAGUCAUUCUUCAA